AUGUCUGAAACUGAAUACAAAAAAGUCCUCCGCCUCGCAGGCUCCUACUACAAACUCCCCGAGGUCUCCGAGGAGGACUUCCACGCCUUCAUUUCAGCCGACCACGCAGUCAAGGCCGCCAAGAUCCACGAGAAAUACGGGAUCCUCCACUACCAAUUGGCAAUCGGAACCAGCCACACUCGCGAGCUGGCUUACGGCCUGAAGCUCCCCUGGAAGAUCGACGACCAUGACGUGACCAUCGAAUAUUACUUCACCGAUGUGUCUGCCCUCCUCGCCGUGUCUGCGGAUGAGGAAUUCAAGGCCCUGCACGUCGAUGCCGAGAAGUUCGUUCGCCUUGAUGCGACCACUGUGGCCGUGACCUGGGUGGAGGUGUUCCUCAAGGAUGGAAAGCUGGUCAAUAUUGGCCCGGAUGGGAAGUCCCAGCACCCGCCUUUUGCGGAGCGGAUUGAUUUCGCGCUGCCAGAUAAGCCGGCGGCUAAGUAUUAUUAG